AUGGCCUCGCGACCGCCGCCAGCCUCGACGGGCGCACGCGCAAGCCCAGAUGGAUCGCCUGCCUUCUCGGUCCAAGUCCCCCCGGGCAACCUCAUCCAUGCCGAGAUCCUCACCGUCACGUCGGCCAUGCGCAAGAACCAACGCUGGGCAUCCGCCGCCUACGCCGCCUACCCGUACCUGAGCGGCUCGACCCGCCUCAACGGCUCGCAGGGCGUCGGCGGCUCGGGCGUCAGCUCGACCUCGUCGCCCUCCCUCUUCCGCGACAAGGACCACAACACGCGCACGAGCAAGAACGCCCAGGCCCUCGGCCUCAUGGGCGGCUUUGCCGAGCUCAAGCUCCGCCUGCGUGAACUCGACGACGCGAGCAACCUCGAUGCCGUCGCCCUCCUGCACCCGUUCCUCGAGGUCGUCCGCUCGCCCGAGACGUCGGGCCCGAUCACGGCCACGGCCCUGUCGUCCAUCGACAAGUUUGUCACCUACUCGAUCCUGUCCCCCUCGUCGCCCAACCUCGCCCUCGCCAUGUCGCAGCUGUCGUCGGCCGGCACGCACUGCAAGUUCGAGGCGAGCGACUCGGUGUCGGACGAGGUCGUCCUGCUCAAGAUCCUCGACCUCCUGCGCAACUGCCUCACGGGCCACCUCGGCGAGGUCCUGAGCGACGAGAGCGUGUGCGAGAUGAUGGAGACUGGGCUCAGCAUGUGCUGCCAGAUGCGCCUCAGCGAGAUGCUCCGACGAUCAGCCGAGCGCACGAUGCAGGCCAUGGUCGCCGCCGUCUUCUCGCGCCUGCGCCACCUCUCGCCCGAGGACGACCUCGCCGCCGCACCGCCCACCUCGUCGGCCGCGUCCGUCGCCGGCGUCGACGACCCGGCGGGCGCCAACGGGCUCCGCAUGGUCGCGCCCGACCCGAGGAGCGCGCAGAUCCCGGCGGCGGGGCCGGGUGGGGGGGACGGGCUCGAGGAGGAGGGCGAGGAGCAGCAGGGUGUGCGGGAGGAGGACAAGGCGGCGCGGCUCGAGGAUGAGAAAGACGGCUCGGUGGAUGGCGAGGCGAUCAAGGACGACGAGCCCGAUAUCACGCCGUUCGGCCUCGCGUCGAUCCAGGAGCUCCUGCGCGUCCUCAUCUCGCUCCUCAACCCGCACGACCAGCAGCACACCGACACGAUGCGCCUCAUGGCGCUCGGCCUGCUCAACAUCGCGUUCGAGGUCGGCGGCAGGAGCAUCGGCGAGUUCCCGGCCCUGCGCCUCAUGGUCGCCGACCACCUGUGCAAGCACUUGUUCCAGCUCGCCCGCUCCGACAACCCGCAGCUCUUGUCGACCUCGCUGCGCGUCAUCACGAACGUGUUCGACACGAUGCGCCCGCACCUCAAGCUCCAGCAAGAGCUCUUCCUCUCGUUCCUCCUCGACCGCCUCAUCCUGCCCAACGCCGCCGGCCUGCGCAACGCCGACCUCGAGUCGCAGCUCGACCUGUCGACCUGGGCGCACGACGGCGCGUCGGGCCUCAACGGCGCCGGGCACGAGUCGGGCGGUGCGGGCGGCGGCGGUGGCGGUGGGCACGGCGGCGCGCCGGAGCGCACGUCGACGCCGACGCCGGCGUCGCGCGAGCGGGGCGGCGGCGCAGGAGGAGGCCCGAGCGCAGAGUCGCGCGAGCUCAUGCUCGAGCUGCUGUCGCACCUCGUGCGGGGCAAGCACUCGAUGGUGGACUUGUGGGUCAACUACGACUGCAGCGUCGAGGGCGAGGACCUGUACGAGCGGCUCGUCAAGUUCCUCAGCCGGGGCGUCUACCCGCCGCAUCAAGGCGCGUACCAGCAGGACAGCUCGCAGCUCAUGUGCCUCGACACGAUCCUCGAGCUCGUCGCCCACAUGGCCGCUCGCCUCAACGAGGCGCCCGACCCGUCGCUGCCGCCGUCGCUCGCCGAGGACGUGACGGCGUCCAAGGCCAACAAGCGCGUCCUGCUUGAGGGCGCCGCCGCGUUCAACCUCAAGCCCAAGGUCGGCCUCAAGUUUCUCGAGGAGCACGGCAUCAUCUACAACGACCCGUCGGUCCCUCGAGCCGAGAGCCUCGCGCGCUUCUUCAAGACGACGCCCCGGCUCGACAAGCGCCUGCUCGGCGACUUUAUCUCGCGGCCCGACCAGCUCGACGUCCUGAGGGCCUUUAUGCACCUCAUGGACUUUGAGGGCAAGAUCAUCUGCGACGCCAUGCGCGAGCUCCUCGAGGCGUUCCGCCUCCCCGGCGAGUCGCAGCAGAUCGCGCGCAUCACCGAGACGUUCGCCGAGGUGUACUUUGCGACCGAGCCGCGCGAGAUCCGGUCGCAGGACGCGACGUACGUCCUGUCGUACUCGGUCAUCAUGCUCAACACGGACCAGCACAACUCGCAGGUGCGCAAGCGCAUGGACCUCGAGGCGUACGCGAGGAACCUGAGGGGCGUCAACGACGGGCAGGACUUUGACCCCGAGUACUUGAGCUCGAUCUUUGACUCGAUCCGCAAGCGCGAGAUUGUCCUGCCCGAGGAGCACCAGAACCAGGUCGGGUUCGAGUACGGGUGGAAGGAGCUCCUCCGUCGGUCCCGCCGCAGCGGGCCUUUCACGCACAACCCGACGAGCGUGUUCGACCGCGGCAUGUUUGCCGUCGCGUGGAAGCCGCUCGUGUCGGCCAUGUCGUUCGCGUUUGCCAACUUCCGCGACGACUUUAUGGUGCAGCGCGCGAUCGGCGGCUUCAACCACUGCGCGGCGCUCGCGGCGCGGUUCGACAUGCCCGAGGUGUUCGACUACCUGAUCCUGUCGCUGAGCCGGGUGAGCGGGCUCGUCCAGGCGCCGGCGGCGUCGCAGGAGGUCGGCAACUUCCCGGUCGUCGAGGUCGAGGGCCAAAAGGUGACGGUCAGCCCUGUCGCGGUCCGGUUCGGCACCAACGUCAAGGCCCAGCUCGCCGCCGUCGUCCUCUUCACGAUCGCCAACCACAACGGCGCCUUCAUCCGCCGCGGGUGGACCCAGAUCUUCGAGAUCUACCAGACCCUCUUCACGCACUCGCUCCUGCCGCCGUCGAUGCUCAUGAUGGAGGACUUCCUGUCGGGCGCGUCGGCGAUCCCGCUCAAGCCCAAGACGGUCGCCGCGCCGCGAGAGGAGCGCCGUGGCGACGGCGGCCUCCUGUCGACCCUGUCGUCGUACCUCCUGUCGCCGUACGGCGCCGGCAGCGACAUGGCCGGCACCGACUUUACCGACGACGACAUCGAGACGACGCUGUCGGCCGUCGACUGCAUCGCCUCGUGCCGCGUCGAGGAGCUCUACUCGCAGAUCUUUGACCUCAAGGGCGAGGCGCUUGUCGCGCCCGUCCAGGUCCUCGUCGACCUCGUCCAGCGCGUCACGAUCGACCGCACCCGCACGCGGUCCGGCUCGGGCUCGGCGCCCAACUCGCCCCAGAUCAGCAUCACGCCGUCGAGGGUCCAGCUGCCGUACGACCCGUCGGCCGUCCUGCUCCUCGAGAUCGCGACGAGCAUCGUCGCGCGGUCGGGCGAGUCGUUGACCGACCUGUGGCCGUCGUCGUUCGACUUUCUCCAGCGCCUCCUCGCGUCGGCCAACUCGUUCAGCAGCCUGUUCAACGAGCGCGUCGUCGCGUCGCUCCUGCGCCUCGUCGCCGAGGUCAUCAAGUCGGACGAGCUGCGCGACUCGUGCUUCCUCGCGCUCGACAUGCUGCGGUCCCUGUCGCCGGCCGUCCUCAGCAGCGUCGCCGAGCCGCUCAUGGCCGGCCUGUCUCGCGUCAUCCUCGAGAAUGCCGCACGCGUCCACUCGCCGACCGAGUGGAACCUCCUGUUCGCCCUCUUCUCGGCCACGUCGGAGCAAGAAGCCGCCGCCAAGAUCUCGAUGGACCUCUUGCGGCAGCUCGCCGCCGGCCAACUCGGUGCUCGCCUGCACGCCGACAACUAUGCCGCGUUCCUCAAGACGCUCGCCGGGUUUGCCCACGUCGCGCCGAGCAACAAGGCGAGCGAGCGUGCGAGCGACGAGGCGGCACUCGUGCGCGGCCUGCAGAUCGUCGACGUCCUGCACGAGGUGCAGGCGGCAGUCCCGGACUUGAUCGCGACGUCCUCCCUUUCGCCUGCUCGAGCCUGGGACGCCGCCUGGAUCCCGCUCCUGUCGGCGUACGCGCAGCUGUGCCUCAACCCGGCUCGCGAGCUGCGGCAGAACGCCAUCUCGAGCCUGCAGCGCACGCUCCUCGCGCCCGAGAUCCUCCACAACACGGACGUCGACCUCACCGUCAUCUUUGAGCGCGUCUUCUUCCCGCUCCUCGAGGAGCUCCUCAAGCCGCAAGUGUUCCGCCGCGACCCGGACGGCAUGGGCGAGACGCGCCUGCGGGCCUCGGCGCUCCUGUGCAAGGUCUUCCUGCAGUACCUGACGCAGCUGAGCGAGCGCCAGGGCAUGCACACCAUGACCGAGCUCUGGCUCAAGAUCCUCGGGUACCAGGACCGGUUCAUGCACUCGGGCAGGCGCGACCAGAUGUUCGAGGCCGUCCCCGAGCUCCUCAAGAACGUCCUCCUCGUCAUGAACGCGAGCAACUUCCUCGUCCCGCCGUCGGUCGACGGUCGCACGCCCGAGCAGGCGCGCCUGUGGGACGCGACGUUCGAGCGCAUCCACCCUUUCCUGCCUGAGCUGCAGCGCGAGCUGUUCCCUCCUCCUCCCGUCCCGGUCCCCUUCUCGUCCCCCGCAUCUUCUGCGCCACCUGCAUCCGCAUCUCAGCCUCUCGCCGCCGCCUCGCCGUCCCAGCAGCCGUCGCCACCGCCGCCGCCGCAGCAGCAGCAGCAGCAGCCGCAGCAGCGAGACGUCCCCGCCUCGCUGUUCGAGCCCGCCGGUGCGCCGUCGGCCCAGCAGCAGCAGCAGCAGCGUCCGCCUGUGACGCCCGGGUCCGAGAACACGGUCGACCUGUUUGGGCCGUGAUGUUUGGGCCGUGAGGAGGGAGCGGGAGGAAGAGGGGCUUCGAGGCGUGAGCGAGUGUCGAGGAGGAGGAUCAUGUAGUCGUCGGAGCUGUGCAGUACGCUGUGCCUUGCUGUC